AAAGACAAUUGAAUAGAGUUAAUUGCAUUUCAUUGAAAUAUUAUUACACAACUUUAAUACUUCACAUAGUCAUAAAUUCUUCACGAUUUUUUUCUAAAUACGUUUAUCAUGAUCUUAAAAUAUAAUUCUUCCUUCUUCAAAUUAUAUUCUGUAAAAUGUUAUCGUCGUAUUCAUUCGAGAAAAUCUUUCGAUUGUCCCUGUUCGAAAGUCUUUCCGACAGAAAAAAAAAGAACUUCAGAUUGAAGCAUGUAACGGUAGGAGGAGAAAUUUAAUUGAAGUUUUUCGCUUGCUCGCAAGGAUAUAACGAUAACGAUAACAGUAACAGCGGUGGGCAUUUUAUUUCGUUGGGUAAACUGCGUUUGAAGAAAAGAAAAUGUUAUCGAAAGAAAGAAAGAAAGAAAGAAAGAAAGAAAGAAAGAAAGAAAGAAGGAAAGAAAGAAAGAAAGAAAGAAGGAAAGAAAGAGGUAUAGCACAACCGUUCACCUGCUAAAUAUAUAUAUAUAUAUAUAUAUAUAUAUAUAUCUCUCUUUCUCUUUUUCUCGAAUGUUAUAAAGAAAUAGGGUGGUGAGUAGCAUUCGCGAUACAACGACGUUUAAAUCGGGUAUUCUCGGAUAGCCUUCGGGUAAAGCUCGUUCGGUCGCUUGCGCGCGACUCCGGUCGGGGUGCAGCGUCGAUGCAAGGUGGGUGGUGGCUUCUUCCAAGGUAGUAAGUAAGGAAACGAGAGAGAGAGAGAGAGAGAGAGAAAGAGAGAAAGAAAAAGAAAGAAAGAUAAGGGUUAGUAUAGAGUGGAAGAAAACGAAGAAGGGUCGAGUAAGGAAAGUCUCGCGCGUGUGUCGGGUGGGUGGGUGGUUGGGUGUGUGGUGUAGAUGUUUGGAAAGAGUGGUAAGGAAGAAGGGGGAGGUAGUGGUGGUGGUGGUGGAAAAGAAGAAAGAAGAAGAAGACGAAGAAGACGAAGAAAGGUCGAGGAGGUUGUGCAGAGGGAGGAAGAUGAGGAGAAUGAAGAGGUAGAGGAGGAGGAGGAGGAGGUGGAGGAAGUGGUAGAGAAGGAGACGACGAUGUGCAACGUAGGAGAAGGCGAUCGAUGCACCGGCCCGGCCGCACACGACAACGAUGCCUGAGUCAGCCUUUCGCGAGCAUUGGCCGCCGCCGGCAUUACGGCUGCGCUCGUUGCGUCGAGUAAUUCACCUACUACACGUUUUGGAACGAGGCACAUUAGCUCGGCACGAAAUCUUCGCACGUUUCAAGGCUGUAUUCGGCUGGAACAUAUCGAUAUGUUCUCAUGGAGUAUACUCGUUGAGUAAUUGCAUGUUCUCUCGACGGUGCUUAAAAGUGGAAACGCGGAUUGCAAAUCGGGAAGCCAGAUAUAUACACGCCUCUCCCUUAAUACAGUGGAAUCCAAUUUAUCGGAAUACUGUGCAUUGGAAAUGGCCGUUACGCGAUUCUCGCUUGCCUGAAAUGUCAAACGCGGCUGUACUUUUGUUGGACAUCAUCGUCUACUCCUCGUUGUUAUGUCCUACCUUUGUUAUUGAACAAAUGAGUACUAAAGCAUGUAUUAACGUUUGCCGUAUUUCUCGACGAUAAAGAAAGAGGAAGAGGGGUGAUAUCUUGAAAUGACUUAAAUGAUGGAAGAAGAGGAUGCCAUCUUUUUUAUUUAUCUCAUGUUUUUUUUCUCUUCGAUAUUUUCAACUCGAUCACGUAAGAUCUCACGGAAUCGUGUUUGGAAGUGAGUGAGCGAAACGUGCACACGUCGAGAACCGGUGAUUGUUUAUGCCACGGGAAAAGGUAAUCGAGUAUAAUUACAUAGUGGCUACUAAAGAGGAAAUUGGUCGUUCCAGCUGUCUCGCGUUAUAAUGCCGCUGGCUGCGUACGUGCUAGCUCCGAGAUACUAAGAAUCUAAUCGCGUUGACCGAACGACAGACUAUAAUAAUCGAUAUGAUCGAUAUCUUUCCUUGAAAUAACAUUUUAUUCCAAUUUUUGAAAUAAUCACAAAUCCGAAUAUAACUCGGUUUUUUAAAGAAAAAAUAAAAAAAAAAUAAAAGAAAUGUAAGAAUUUUUAUAGUCGACAUAAUUCGUUUGACGUGUUCUGAAAUUAUACGUCAUACGUUAAUUAUAUUAUUUUUGUAUUAUACGGAAAAAAGUUAAUUUUCAAGUAGCAAUAUUUAUUAUGAUACUAGAUUAUAAAAUAAUAUGAUAUAUAUUUAUUACGUAAAAAAAAAAAAAGAAAAGAAAAUACCUAAUAUUUCUUAUAUUAAUUUUCAAUCAUACAAAUUGAAAUUAUUUACUUAACGUUAUGAAAAUUCAAAUUGCAUCGAUGCGAUCACAUUAUUAUACGUUAAUUAUUUGAUUAUUUUUUAAUACAAAAAGAAAAGAAAUUCCCUUCAAAGAAAAAUAAUUUAAUAACGAUCCUAGAUUAAAAAGAAUUAUAUAAAAAAUGUUAUAUUGUAUAAAUAAAAAUAACCCAUAUAUGAGACAUUAAUCCUCAAUCAUACAAAUUAGAAAUUCUUUACUAACGAUGACAAUUAAGACCGAGUAGGAUACAUAAAAGAAAUAUAUGUAUAUAUACUAUAAUAUAAUGUAAGCUAUUUAGUAUAUUCAGACCCUUUAUAAUUAGGUAGGAUAGAUGAAGGAGACACAGUAUAGGGAGCAGUAGCAGAUCGGUGUUGUCGGUGGUGGUGGUGUGGUGUCGGCAGGGGCGACCGGUGCGGGGGUACGUUUCCUGUCCAUUUUAAUUGGGUUAUUAACGGGUGCGAGCGUUUCCUGCCUCCUGUGACAAACCCCGUAGACUAACUCUCUCUCUCUCUCUCUCUUACUCUCUUUCUCACUCACUUGGUGCCGUUCUCUAGCAGCUGCCACCUCGUAGCACACGUUGCGCCUGUGAGGUAGGCACCGAGUAUACUAGUACGGGUCGUGCCGGAAACCAAUCUGUUCCGUUUGUCUUUCGCUACUUUAGUUUUCGUUCUCUUUCUUUCUCUUUCUCAUUCUCAUUCUCUUUCUUUAUCUUUCUCUCUUAUUCCACUCGUCAUAAAUAUGCAUAGUGGCCCGCUUAAAAUUACGUUCACCGGGGUAAUAAUACCGUUCGUGAAAAAUUAAACAAGCUUCUCGAAAUAAGGGAGAGAGAGAGAGAGAGAGAGAGAGAGAGAGAGAGAAAGAGAG